CUCCAAAAUAAAGUAUAAAAUUCUCUCCCUAAGAUUGUCCCUAUUUUUCUCGCUCCUCCCCUGUUCUGCAGCUUCAAACGCCAUGACCACCUUUGCUACAGCUGCAGCUCUAUCUUUACCAAUCUCGCUCUGUAGAUCCUCUAAGGUUAACACUAAGAAGGGAGUCAGACGAGGGUUUGGUGUAUUUGCUAUAUUUGGAGAGGAAGGAGGGUUCUUGGAGAAGAAGAACACUUGGGGUACACUGUUCGACGUCGAGGAUCCGAGGCCUAGAGUUCCUCAGUGUAAAGGGAAAUUCUUGGAUGCGAAUCAAGCUUUGGAGGUGGCCAGGUUUGAUAUUCAGUACUGUGAUUGGCGAGCUCGGCAAGAUCUUCUUACUAUCAUGCACCUUCAUGAAAAGGUAGUGGAAGUUCUGAAUCCCUUGGCAAGGGAUUACAAGUCCAUAGGUGCCAUGAAGAAAGACCUUGCAGUGCUGCAAGAAGAACUGGCACAGGCUCACAAACAGGUUCACAUAUCUGAAGACAAGGUUUCUGAUGCACUUGAUAAGCUAGCAUACAUGGAAGAAUUGGUAAAUGAUAGGCUGUUACAAGACAGGAGUACAACUGAAUCUGACAGAAGUUCCCUUACUCCUAGCACGUCCUUCUCGUCAUCUCUUGACACAGUGAAAGGCAAGUUGCCGCGGAAGAGCCUGAAUGUUUCAGGUCCUGUUCAGCAAUAUAAUCCUCAUUUGAAGAACUUCUGGUACCCAGUGGCCUUCUCCACUGAUCUGAAAGAUGAUAUCAUGAUUCCUAUAGAGAGCUUCGAGGAGCCAUGGGUAGUAUUUCGUGGGAAAGAUGGGAGUCCUGGUUGUGUUCAGGAUACAUGUGCUCAUAGAGCAUGUCCACUUCAUCUUGGCUCGGUCAAUGAAGGCCGCAUUCAGUGUCCCUACCAUGGAUGGGAAUACUCGACGGAUGGAAAAUGUGAGAAAAUGCCAUCAACUCGAUUACUUAAUGUGAAGAUAAGAUCACUACCUUGCUUUGAGCAAGGAGGGAUGAUCUGGAUUUGGCCUGGUAGUGAUCCUCCAACUGCCAACCUCCCUUCUCUGGAACCACCUCCUGGAUUUCAAAUCCAUGCAGAGAUUGUCAUUGAGCUGCCAGUGGAACAUGGGCUCCUUCUCGAUAACCUCCUGGAUCUUGCCCAUGCCCCUUUCACUCAUACUUCUACCUUUGCCAAGGGAUGGAGUGUGCCUAGCUUGGUGAAAUUCUUGACUCCUGCAUCUGGCCUUCAAGGUUACUGGGACCCAUACCCAAUAGACAUGGAGUUCCGGCCACCAUGUAUGGUGCUUUCAACAAUUGGGAUCUCAAAGCCUGGAAAAUUGGAGGGGCUAAAUACCCAGCAAUGUUCAACACAUCUUCACCAGCUUCAUGUGUGUUUGCCUUCAUCAAGAUAGAAAACAAGACUAUUGUACAGAAUGUCUCUGGAUUUCGCUCCUAUUCUGAAGCAAGUCCCAUUCAUGUAUCUCUUGUGGAGACAUUUUGCUGAGAAGGUCCUGAAUGAAGAUCUACGGCUGGUACUUGGUCAGCAGGACAGGAUGAUCAAAGGAGCAAAUGUCUGGAACUGGCCUGUAUCCUACGACAAGCUAGGAGUAAGAUACCGGUUAUGGAGAGAUGCUGUGGAACGAGGAGCUAAAAGUUUACCUUUCAGCAAAACCAAGUAGAUUAUCAGCCAAGAAAUGGAUUAAAUCCUUUACUGGCUCUCAACUCUAAACCAGCAGUUUACCAAGAUGCGGCAAAUCCAAAUCCAAUGUCACGCAAUACUCAUCGAGUUCACCACCCACCCCUCAUAUUUCUCAUAAGUGUAGCUGAGACCCUCCGGAAACUGUUGAUGGUUCAGAGGCAUGGAAGAGAUGAUCCCCAUGUACAAGUGCCUUGUAAAGAAAACUGUACACUAUCUUUAUUGUUUUUUUGUGUACAGUGCUGAACCCAUUUUUUUGAGCUUGUUCUGCCCAUUCAGGUCAACAAAUGCACAAAUCCUGUCCUAUAACUGGUCUUUGUAGUUUGAUCUCUUAUCAAGCUAUUGUUGUAUUAAAUUAAGGAUAUCAGUUAUUGGAUUUCUACUUUUUUGAGGGCAAUGCCACAUCAAUAAGACAAUAACCACAUGCAAUUCAAUUGUGGACACCGGUGCAUUUUGAAUUGCUUCUGAUA